CGGAGGGGGCGGAGGGGGCGGACGGCAGGAGGAGGGGUGUGUGUGCGAGCGUGUGUGGCUGGGGGAAGCCAUUGCCUGUUUAAUAGUUGCUGUUGCUGCACUUCCGCUUCUCUCCCAGCGAGAGAGAGACACGAGUGGCCAGGCCCAGCCGCAGCCGCAGCACAGCCGCCGCGGCGGCACGGAGAAGCCAGACACAAAGAGAGGGGCUGUUUGCGGGGUGGGGUGGGGGGUUCGCUAUGUCGGAUGACGAUUCGAGGGCCAGUACCAGCUCCUCCUCAUCUUCGUCCUCCAACCAGCAAACCGAGAAAGAAACAAACACCCCCAAGAAGAAGGAGAGUAAAGUCAGCAUGAGCAAAAACUCCAAGCUCCUCUCCACCAGCGCCAAGAGGAUUCAGAAGGAACUGGCAGACAUCACUCUAGACCCUCCACCUAACUGCAGUGCUGGUCCCAAAGGUGACAACAUCUAUGAGUGGAGAUCUACCAUUCUUGGGCCUCCAGGAUCUGUGUAUGAAGGUGGUGUAUUCUUCCUGGAUAUCACUUUUACUCCAGAAUAUCCCUUCAAACCUCCAAAGGUUACAUUUCGGACAAGAAUCUAUCACUGUAAUAUUAACAGUCAAGGAGUUAUUUGCUUGGAUAUAUUGAAAGAUAAUUGGAGUCCAGCACUAACUAUUUCUAAAGUCCUCCUUUCUAUCUGCUCACUUCUUACAGACUGCAAUCCUGCCGACCCUUUGGUGGGAAGUGUUGCCACUCAGUAUAUGACCAACAGAGCAGAACAUGACAGAAUGGCCAGACAGUGGACCAAGAGAUACGCUACAUUAACUGGGUUUUCACAAUUCUUACGUUAUUUGUGUCACAGAAGAGAGCUGCUUAUGAUUUUGAAGGGGCGGGAGAGGGUGGGAGUUGGUAAAGAGUAGGGUAUUUCUAUAACAGAUAUUAUUCAGUCUUAUUUCCUAAGAUUUUGUUGUAACUUAAGGUAUCUUGCUACAGUAGACAAAAUUGGUAAUAGCAACUUUUAAAACUCAUUAGUUCUACAAUAUUGGCUGGAAUGUAGAGAAGAAUGUACAUUUAGACAUUUGGAUUCAAUUGCUUGUAGUACAUAAUUUUUAAACAGCUCAAUUUUGUACAGGUUAUACACAUGGCCAUUUAUGUAAAGUCACUGUAGGGCGGAAUGGGGUUUUUUUGUUUAAAAAAUUGGAAUUUGUUUUUUCUUUCUUGGAAGGGAGCAUUGAUAUUUAACAGAGUUUUUAGAGACUGUCAUCUCAUAUAUAUAUAUAUAUAUAUAUAUAUAUAUAAAUAAAUAUAUAUAUAAAAUAGACAUGUGGCUAUAAGAGACCAUGUAGGAAAUUAGUAGUUAAUGUAUUUUAUUUAAAGGUUUGAAUCAGGACUUGGGAGAAGCUGUAGUGAAAUACCUUAAGCUGUUAACUGUAAGGCGUGGAAUAGGAGUCACUCAGUGGAUUGGUUAUAUGUUGUAGACUUCUUAACGUCUGCAUUUGUUACUGUGCUAAUAAACCGUAUUAAAAACAA